AUGGGAGUACCAGCAUUCUUUCGGUGGUUAUCACGUAAAUACCCUUCCGUGAUAAUCGAAUGCGUCGAGCAGAAGAACACUGACGAUCAUGGCAACGUGCAGUACGAGGACAUGAGUAAGCCCAACCCAAACCGGGUUGAGUUUGAUAAUUUAUACUUGGAUAUGAAUGGUAUCAUACAUCCGUGCACACAUCCGGAGGACAAACCGGCGCCGAAGAAUGAAGACGAAAUGAUGGUUGCCAUUUUCGAGUGCAUCGAUCGGUUGAUGAACAUUGUGCGGCCCCGAAAAGUGCUGUACAUGGCGAUCGACGGUGUUGCGCCUCGGGCUAAGAUGAAUCAGCAACGAUCACGCCGUUUCCGUGCGUCGAAAGAGGCGGCCGAAAAGGCAGCCGAGAUGGCGCGAGUCCGCGAAGAGCUUGCGGCAAAGGGUGCAAUUUUACCUCCGGAAAAGGAGAAAGGUAGCCACUUCGACUCGAACUGUAUCACACCCGGCACCCCGUUUAUGGACCGGUUAAGCAAAUGUCUCCAGUACUAUGUUCAUGAUCGCAUGAAUAAUUAUCCGGGCUGGAAGGGUUUGAAAGUGAUCCUUUCCGACGCGAAUGUGCCCGGUGAAGGCGAGCACAAAAUUAUGGACUACAUUCGAAAGCAGCGUGUACAGGCGGACUACGAUCCAAACACGCACCAUGUGUUGUGCGGCGCGGAUGCGGAUCUUAUCAUGUUGGGUCUGGCGACCCAUGAAACGCACUUCACAAUCAUUCGCGAGGAGUUCCUUCCCAACAAGGACCGACCGUGUGACAUUUGCCAGCAAAUAGGGCACGUAAUGAAGGACUGCACCGGGUUGCAGUCGGAGCGGGAGAUGAUGAAAACACCGCCCGGCCCGGGCAAGGAAACGCAGUUCAUAUUCGUCCGCCUGAACGUACUGAAGGAGUACCUGCAGAAGGAGCUCGAUAUGCCGAAUCUGCCGUUCGCGUACGAUUUCGAGCGAGUCAUCGACGAUUGGGUGUUUAUGUGUUUCUUCGUUGGCAACGACUUCCUGCCUCAUUUGCCCAGUCUGGAGAUACGGGAGAAUGCGAUCGAUCGACUCGUGACACUGUACAAAAAGUGCGUGUACAAAACACGCGGUUAUCUAACGGACUCCGGCGCUGUGUUGCUCGAUCGCGUUGAGAUGAUCAUGACCGAUCUAGGGUAUGCGGAGGACGAAAUCUUCCGCCAGCGAAAGGUGGGCGAGGAUCGUUUCAAGGAGCGCAACAAACGCAUGCGCUUGCAAAAGGAAAGGCAGCAGCGGCCCAACUUCCAGCACAUGAACAACUCACAGUUUGCCCCGACACCGCUCGGUCGCGGGGUUCAGCCACAGGCAAUUGUAAAUGCACGCCAAGAAGCGGCUCACUUGCGCGGUACUAAACGGAAGGCUGACGAACCACUGGCGGUCACGGUGGCGGAUGCAGAGGAACAAGAAACACCAGAUGAGGUGCGACUGUGGGAGGAUGGUUUUAAGGAUCGGUAUUACGAGUCGAAGUUUGACGUUUCGCCCCAGAAUACCAAGUUCCGGCAGACGGUCGCCUGGGAGUACGUGCGUGGCCUCUGCUGGGUGUUGCGAUACUACUAUCAGGGAUGCGCGUCUUGGGAGUGGUACUUCCCGUACCAUUACGCACCGUUCGCGUCCGAUUUCAAGCACCUCGAGAACGUGAACGCACAUUUCGAUCGGGGCACCCCGUUCAAACCACUGCAGCAGCUGAUGGGCGUCUUUCCGGCAGCCAGUCGCAGUCACGUGCCUAGUGCGUUUGCGGAGCUAAUGGUCGAUCCGCGUAGUCCGAUCAUCGACUUCUAUCCGAUCGAUUUCCACAUCGAUCUGAAUGGGAAAAAAUUUGCAUGGCAGGGUGUGGCGCUACUGCCGUUCGUCGAUGAGAAGCGUUUGUUCCGGGCCACCGAUCCGAAGGUACCGCUGCUAACGGAAGAGGAAAAGCUGCGCAACAUUAAUGGAGACGCGAAACUGUUCGUGGUUCCCGGCAGUCCCGGUUACCGUACGCUGGCCGGACUGUGCGUUGGGGACGAUGUGGACUACGAACGCGAAAUCGCAGUUACGGUGGACUGUGUGCAAGGGCUGAUUGUACCAACGAAGGAGAACGUUCCACAGAGCGGCGCACUUCAGUCUCCGAUACCGGGUCUAACGGCGAUAACGGACAACCGUGUUCUGACGGUGCGCUUUCUCGAUCCAAAGUUUGCGGACGAUUUUAUCUUUCCCGCCCGAAAGCUAGACAAUGCGACCGACCAGCCGAAGGUACUCGGCGCCAAGGAGGGCCCAGUGAUUGGGUUCGGACCGCGUGUCGAUCGAGCACAACUCGGUGCUGCCGGUCACCGAAUGGUGAACAACCGCCUGGGGCUCGGGUACGGCAACUCACGCAACGAUAGUGGCGGAAGUUACGGAAAUGAUAAUGACGGCGGUCGCAGAAACAACUAUCCUUCGCAUCGACGAGGGAACAGUGGCGGAUAUGACAACAGUGGCAGCGGCAAUCGCUAUGAAUCAAAUCGUAACGAUUCUUACAACAACUACUCAAGCUACAACACGGGCAGUAACAGUUCAGGCAGUAGCAGCAAUAACUGGCGUAACAAACAGGACCGUCAGCCCAAUAAUUCAACCAACGCAAACCAACCGUUUAACGAUGCUGCUGGCUCACAAAACCGGAGUGUGUUUGAGCAGCUAAGCAGCCAAAUUCAGCAGUACCAGCAGCAGAUGGUACGUGAAAUUUCGCGCCAUUCCCAGGCAAUUCCGAGCACUGCCCUCCCGAAUCCGUUCGCCAACCAAGUCCAGUACAACUACGACACCGGUAAUAGUAACUCCGCUAACAACUGGAUGGCCAACAAUGGCGGACGAAAUAAUAACAACCAUCGCGGUGGCGGAAGAGGAGGUGGAGGAGGAGGAGGUAAUGGCGGUGGAAGACAGUUCCAGCAAGGCGGUGGCCGUUACGGGGGCGGAAACCGUUAUAAUCAACGGAAGCAGUACUAAGAACUAAGUCUAGCGAUACGGCACCAGUUCAAACGAUGACUGGAUAAGUGUGUCGCGGUAUUGGAAGUUGGUGCUUUGAACCACCGAUCACACAGACUCAACUAUGGCGGCAUAAAAUUAAAUUUAAAAGGUAUGGCAUAACAUUGAUUAGCGACUCUGCAUUAAAAUAUUCGCAGUUUGUCGAAAAAGGCAAAUUGUCGGAUCGUGAAAAUCGAAUUCCCCUCUUUCUUGCUUCCCGUUUCGAUAGAGUACAAAACGAAUUGGUGUGGUGAUUUGUAGUUUUGAAAAUGAUUCGAAAGUAAGGGAAGCGUGGAGCUAGAAAACAAAAACAGAUUUAGGAAAAGAUAACAACCAAAUCCGACGACAUCGUCAGUGAACAGUUUAUAUCUUUUUGUGGAGUAUUUUUAUUUAAGAAAACUAUGAACGGUAACCAUAUUUAGAAUUCCGAUUGUCGCCAUAGCGACGUGGAAGAGUAUUUUAAUUGAUUUUUUUUGUAAAUAAACGAAUGACUUACUUCACCAAACAACAACUGCGGACAGAGAAAGGGUAGCGUAGAAACGUUCCGUGUUCGGUGUAGGUACCGUGUCGGAAUGUGUCUGAGGACACCACACACAUUUUAAUGGAACCAUACAUGGAAGAUGAAAUAAAUCAUUUGUU